CUACAGUGUGUGUGCCAGCGGGCACAAAGUCACCCGGAGAGCAGACUGUGACACUGCGCAUCCAGCACUCCCAGCUUCCAGUCCCUGAAUCAGAAAAGUAAUUCAACUGUAAAACCCUUUCUUCAGAACGCUCAGCUUCCAGCAUUCUCUGUUGGCAGAGCUCUCCUUAGACCUUCAGCAAGUGUGAGUGCAGACUGCACAUCCGGGGCUCUGUUACUAGGGAAGAGAAGAUGGCGAUGGCCUCAGCAACUGUGGUGGUUCCCGCAGAGUGGAUCAAGAACUGGGAGAAAUCUGGGAGAGGCGAGUUUUUGCGUUUAUGCCGGAUUCUCAGUGAAAGCAAAAGCCGUGAUACUUUGGCUUGUAGAGAUUUCCAACAAGCUCUCUAUGAAUUGUCAGACCAUGUCAUUAAAGGAACUUUAAAGCCUGAACAGGCAUCAAAUGUUCUUAGUGACAUCAGUGAAUUUCGUGAAGAUAUCCCGCUUAUUCUUGCUGAUAUAUUCUGCAUAUUAGACAUUGAGACGAAUUGUUUAGAAGAAAAAAGCAAGAGAGAUCACUUUACACAAUUGGUAUUAGCAUAUGAUAAAGUAGAGAAGGCACCUGACAAUCAAAAACUUGGUUUGUUGGAAGCCUUGUUAACUAUUGGUGAUUGGCAGCAUGCACAGAGUAUUAUGGAUCGGAUGCCUCCGUACUAUGCAGCAUCACAUAAAGUAAUAGCCCUUGCUAUUUGCAAUCUUAUACACGUAACUAUUGAACCUCUUUACCGAAGAGUUGGUGUUCCUAAAGGUGCUAAAGGCUCACCUGUCAAUGCUUUACAAAGCAAGAAGUCACCAAAGCAGGCAGAGAGCUUUGAGGACUUAAGGAGAGACGUAUUCAGUAUGUUCUGUUAUCUUGGUCCUCACCUUUCCCAUGAUCCCAUCUUAUUUGCAAAGGUUGUGCGCAUAGGCAAGUCAUUUAUGAAGGAAUUUCAGUCUGAUGGGAAACAAGAAAAUAAAGAGAAAAUGGAAGUUAUCUUUAGUUGUUUGCUUAGUGUUACUGAUCAGGUACUGCUUCCGUCUCUUUCUUUGAUGGAUUGCAAUGCGUGUAUGUCAGAGGAACUAUGGGGAAUGUUUAAGACAUUUCCUUAUCAGCAUAGAUACCGCUUAUAUGGCCAGUGGAAGAAUGAGACUUACCACAAUCACCCACUUUUAGUAAAAGUUAAAGCCCAUACAGUAGACAGAGCCAAGUACAUCAUGAAGCGUCUAACCAAGGAAAACGUGAAGCCUUCAGGAAGACAGAUUGGGAAACUGAGCCACAGCAAUCCAACCAUUUUGUUUGAUUAUGUCUUGUCACAAAUACAGAAGUAUGAUAACUUAAUAACACCUGUGGUAGACUCAUUGAAGUAUCUCACUGCGUUGAAUUAUGAUGUUUUGGCCUACUGUAUCAUCGAGGCAUUAGCUAAUCCAGAAAAAGAAAGAAUGAAACAUGACGACACAACCAUCUCAAGCUGGCUUCAGAGUCUGGCUAGUUUCUGUGGUGCGGUUUUUCGUAAAUACCCAAUUGAUCUUGCUGGUCUUCUUCAGUAUGUAGCCAAUCAAUUAAAGGCAGGCAAAAGUUUUGACCUGCUUAUAUUGAAAGAAGUGGUUCAAAAGAUGGCAGGAAUAGAAGUUACAGAAGAAAUGACAAUGGAGCAGCUAGAGGCUAUGACUGGUGGGGAGCAGCUGAAAGCGGAGGGUGGAUAUUUUGGCCAGAUAAGAAACACUAAAAAAUCCUCUCAGAGAUUGAAGGAUGCACUACUAGACCAUGAUCUUGCCCUUCCUCUUUGUUUGCUUAUGGCUCAGCAGAGGAAUGGGGUGAUCUUUCAGGAAGGUGGAGAGAAACAUUUGAAACUUGUAGGAAAGCUGUAUGACCAGUGUCAUGAUACUUUGGUACAGUUUGGUGGAUUUUUAGCAUCAAAUUUAAGCACAGAUGACUACAUAAAGAGAGUACCUUCAAUUGAUGUGCUUUGUAAUGAAUUUCAUACACCCCAUGAUGCAGCAUUUUUUCUGUCUCGGCCAAUGUAUGCACACCAUAUUUCAUCUAAGUAUGAUGAACUUAAGAAAUCAGAAAAGGGAAGUAAACAGCAACAUAAAGUUCAUAAGUACAUUACAUCAUGUGAGAUGGUGAUGGCUCCUGUCCAUGAAGCAGUGGUCUCCUUACACUUUUCCAAAGUCUGGGAAGACAUCAGCCCUCAGUUCUAUACCACAUUCUGGUCUCUCACAAUGUAUGACCUUGCAGUUCCACACACCAGCUAUGAACGAGAGGUCAAUAAACUCAAGAUCCAGAUGAAAGCAAUUGACGACAAUCAAGAAAUGCCUCUGAAUAAAAAGAAAAAAGAGAAAGAGCGCUGUACUGCCCUCCAGGACAAGCUUCUUGAAGAAGAAAAGAAACAGAUGGAGCAUGUACAGCGAGUGCUACAGAGACUGAAAUUGGAAAAGGACAACUGGCUCUUAGCAAAAUCCACUAAAAAUGAGACCAUCACGAAGUUUCUCCAGUUGUGUAUAUUUCCUCGAUGUAUUUUUUCAGCAAUUGAUUCUGUUUACUGUGCUCAUUUUGUUGAGUUGGUCCAUCAACAAAAGACUCCAAAUUUCUCCACACUUCUCUGCUAUGACCGAGUUUUUUCUGACAUAAUUUACAUGGUUGCUAGCUUUACUGAAAAUGAAGCUAGUCGAUACGGGAGAUUUCUUUGCUGCAUGUUAGAGACUGUGACUCGGUGGCAUAGCGACAGAUCCACCUAUGAGAAGGAAUGUGGAAACUAUCCAGGAUUCCUUACUAUAUUACGAGCAACUGGAUUUGAUGGUGGAAAUAAAGCUGAUCAGUUAGAUUAUGAGAAUUUUCGACAUGUUGUACAUAAAUGGCAUUAUAAACUAACCAAGGCAUCGGUACAUUGCCUUGAGACGGGUGAAUAUACUCAUAUCAGGAAUAUCUUGAUUGUGCUAACAAAAAUACUGCCAUGGUACCCCAAAGUUUUAAAUCUGGGUCAGGCUUUGGAAAGAAGAGUGCAUAAGAUCUGCCAAGAAGAGAAAGAAAAGAAGCCAGACCUGUAUGCACUAGCAAUGGUCUACUCUGGGCAGCUGAAAAGCAGAAAGACAUACAUGAUACCUGAAAAUGAAUUUCAUCACAAAGAUCCUCCUCCAAGAAAUGCUGCUACAAGUGUACAAAAUGGGCCUUGUAGUGGGCUGCCAUCAUCCAUAGGAAGUACAUCUAAGUCAGAUGAGAGCAGUAUUGAAGAGGCUGACAAGUCACGGGAAAGGUCUCAGUGUGGUGUGAAAGCUGUUAAUAAAGCUUCUAGCGCCAUACCAAAAGGGAAUUCAAAUAAUGGAAUUAGUGGCUCUAACACCAAAGCUGUUAAGGAAAAUGACAAAGAAAAGGGGAAAGAGAAAGAAAAAGAGAAAAAAGAGAAGCCCCCAGCUGUUAUUCCAGAGGCUAGGGUACUUGGUAAAGACAAUAAAGAAAAACCCAAGGAAGAGCAGCCAAGUAAAGAUGAGAAAAUAAGAGAUACCAAGGAAAGAAUGCCUAAAUCUGACAAAGAUAAGGAAAAAUUAAAGAAAGAGGAAAAAGCUAAAGAUGAGAAGUUCAGGAUCAUCGUCCCCAAUGUAGAAUCAAAAUCCACUCAAGAAAGAGAAAAAGAGAAAGAACCAUCAAGAGAAAGAGAUUUAGCAAAGGAAAUGAAAUCAAAAGAAACUGUUAAAGGAGGGGAAAAAACACCAGUUUCUGGGUCCUUGAAAUCCCCUGUUUCCCGAACAGAUACUGCAGAGCCCGAAAGAGAAAAACGUCGAAAGGUUGAUUCCCACCCUUCUCCAUCCCAUUCUUCCACAAUAAAGGACAGUCUGGUCAAACUCAAGGAGUCUUCAGCAAAGCUCUACAUCAACCACACUCUUCCGCCAUUGUGCAAGAGUAAGGAGAGAGAAACAGACAAGAAAGAUUUGGACAAGUCAAGGGAAAGAUCCAGAGAAAGAGAGAAGAAAGACGAAAAGGACAGGAAAGAGCGGAAAAGGGAUUAUUCAAACAAUGACCGGGAAGUGCCCCUAGACUUAAUCAAAAGGCGGAAGGAUGAAAAUGGAAUAUUGGCGGUUUCAAAACACAAAAGUGAAAUUCCCUGUGAGUCUCCUUAUCCAAAUGAGAAAGACAAGGAAAAAAAUAAGUCAAAGUCCUCAGGCAAAGAAAAAGGUGAUUCAUUUAAACCUGAAAAGAUGGAUAAAAUAUCCAGUGGGAAAAAGGAGUCUGGACAUGAUAAAGAAAAGGUAGAAAAGAAAGAGAAAUGGGACAGUUCUGGAGAUAAGGAAGAAAAGAAGCAUCAUAAGUCCUCAGACAAGCACAGAUAAUGAAGACUUUCAGCCAAGAGUGUGGGCAGGCCUCUGAGCUAAAGGUUUCCCUGCAGAGGAUGCCAGAGCUCUGUGUCACUCUCAAAACAAUAUCUUCUUUAAUUAAGAGCUCUUGGUGCUGUCCAUCUUAUGAGAAUCUGCUUUAAGUCAGAAGAUGAAUAUGCAUCACCAUCCUCUUGAGACAUUGCAAAGUCACUGGUUUUCAGACCAUUAUUUUCACCUCCGGGCAGUUUCUUGCAGCAAGAUCCCUGUGCGUACAUUUUUUUCUUGA